AUGGCAAAUAUGCAAGAUUCAUCAGAAUAUCUUCGUAAAACAUCGCAUUUGUAUGAAAUUAAUUUAAAAGAUAAUGAUAACGAUAACUGUUGUCAACCGUUUACGACAAACCAAAAUAUGAUUGAUGGUCGUGUACAACCAAAUUAUUCCACCGACCCUGCGGAACAUUCAACUUCCCACAAUAAAGAACCUUCUCGAUGGCUACCUAAACUGGACGAAGGUCCAAUUUUAAUAAUCGAGAAUAAUGCAAAUAAACUUUCAGAGCUUCCCAAAAGAGACAACGAAGCAUUGGAAUCACGUGUCAAUGAAUAUGAUAAUAUUGAUGUGGUUUCCGAAGAAAAGAACAAAGAACAAGAAUUAUUCAAUAAAAUUAACGAGAUUCUGACAUCGGAUUACGGGAAAGCAACUAAAUCGCUUGUUAAUGAACCAAAUCCAUUUUUGCCUCGCGACUUUAAAGAACGCGUCAUUCAAUCAGAUGAAUUUAUUCAAGGAUAUGAAAAUCUUGCACCGUUUAACAAUCCACGUUGUAGAAUGUGUGAGAACGUAAAAAGACAUCGUGACAAACUUUCGCGUAUUAGAUACGCGACAAUUACAGACGAUCCAAUUCGAGAGAAUGAACUAAAACCCUUGAUUAAUAAUAAUAAAUAUACGAUAUCGGAGAACAUGCAAUGCGAUGAACAAACACGUGCACUUACACACAGGAAUGUCGUUUAUAAUCCCACAUGCUUGAAUGAUGAGAACACAAUUAAAGCAACUUCAUUGGAAUAUUGGGGAGAUCAUUCCAUUGGUAGCGUUGAACAUUCUUUGACGCAAUCCGAAUGGAAUAUAUUAAAAUCCUCAAAUGAAUCUGUGAAUUGGUCUCAACACUUUAGUCAACUUAGAAAUAACACAUCUAGUCCUAAUGUGAGACAACGUAAUCGUAAUGUGCAAUUUUUUAUUUAA